UGGUUUGUUUACUUUACAAAAAUGUUGCACUCAGGCUUAAUUUUUGUCCUGGGUACCCUCUCGUUCCGAAUGUAGUUUUCUUUUUAAAAGCGGAAGGAGAGUUUUGUUUGGAAGUGGCUUACAGAAACUUGGCACCGAGGUGCAGGCAGGGAAGCGAGAGACUCGUGCUCGCUAAGGCCGAGCGUGGAAUCUGCAAACACAUGUGGGACAUAGAAGCCUUGGAUGCAGAGGUUAAGUUCAUCCACAGUAAUGGCCACGGCCUUACCCAGGACCCUGGGGGAGCUGCAGCUGUAUAGAAUACUACAAAAAGCCAAUCUGCUUUCUUACUUUGAUGCCUUUAUUCAACAAGGUGGUGACGAUGUCCAGCAACUCUGUGAAGCUGGAGAAGAGGAAUUCUUGGAGAUCAUGGCACUUGUGGGCAUGGCUAGCAAACCCCUUCAUGUCAGAAGGCUACAGAAAGCUUUGAGAGACUGGGUUACAAACCCUGGCCUCUUCAAUCAGCCACUGACUUCCCUGCCGGUCAGUAGCAUACCCAUCUAUAAGUUACCGGAGGGAUCACCCACGUGGCUGGGGAUAUCCUGCAACAGUUAUGAGAGGAGUAGCAAUGCCCGGGAACCUCAUUUAAAAAUCCCCAAGUGCGCCGCCACCACCUGUGUGCAGAGCUUGGGACAGGGGAAAUCAGACGUGGUGGGGAGCUUAGUGCUGCAGGGUAUCGGGGAGUCCAGACUCUGGCAAGGCCACCACGCCAGCGAGAGCGAGCACAGCCUCUCCCCGGCCGACCUUGGCUCCCCCGCUUCCCCGAAGGAAAGCAGCGAGGCCCUGGACGCUGCGGCGGCGCUCUCAGUGGCCGAGUGCGUGGAGCGGAUGGCCCCCACGCUGCCGAAAAGUGACUUGAAUGAAGUGAGAGAGCUGCUGAAAACCAACAAGAAGUUGGCCAAAAUGAUCGGGCACAUCUUUGAGAUGAGUGACGAUGAUCCACACAAAGAGGAAGAAAUUCGAAAGUACAGUGCGAUAUAUGGCAGAUUUGACUCCAAGAGAAAGGACGGGAAACAUCUCACGCUUCAUGAGAGUGUUUUGUCAAGUAGCAACUCUGUAUGGGCAUUACUUAACACUUGGAUGAAAGAGUGGAAUUCACUUACUGUUAAUGAAGCAGCCGCUCAGCUGUGUGUGAAAGAUAACGCCCUGCUGACGAGAAGAGAUGAACUGUUUGCCCUGGCGAGGCAGAUUUCUCGAGAAGUCACCUACAAAUAUACCUACAGAACCACCAAGUCAAAAUGUGGAGAAAGAGAUGAAUUAUCCCCAAAGAGAAUUAAAGUAGAGGAUGGAUUUCCAGAUUUCCAGGAUUCCGUGCAGACACUCUUCCAGCAGGCUAAAGCGAAGAGUGAAGAACUUGCUGCUCUUAGUUCACAGCCUGAAAAGGUGAUGGCAAAGCAGAUGGAGUUCCUUUGCACCCCAGCUGGCUAUGAGAGACUGCAGCAUGCGGAGAGAAGGCUGUCCGCCGGCCUCUACAGGCAGGCAUCCGAGGAGCACAGCCCCAACGGCGUGGCUUCCGACAGCUCCGACGGACAAGGAGAAAGACCUUUGAAUCUCCGAAUGCCUAACUUACAGAACAGACAACCCCAUCAUUUUGUGGUGGAUGGAGAGCUGAGUAGACUUUAUUCCAGUGAGGCGAAGUCUCAGUCAGAGAGUCUUGGGAUUUUAAAAGACUACCCCCACUCAGCUUUUCCUUUAGAAAAGAAAGUCAUCAAAACAGAACCUGAAGAUUCAAGAUAGCUGUGAUUCUCCCACUGUUCUCUGGAAAUGGCAUUCAGUUUAAGGAUAAUGCUCCAUCAUAGAAAUAAGCCUUAAUAACCAACGUUGCCUCAUUCAGCUCAAACAGAUUUCAUAGCCAAAGCAUACGGAUUGAUACAAUAGUCGGUGGAAACCAGGAAGACAAAACAACAGCCACAAAAGAGAAAAUUGAGAGAAUGUUGCAAUCUGUAAUAGAAAUAUUGAUCCAUUCACAUUCCUGUGUAAGUCAUUUUACGUGGAAAAGCUUACAAAUUAAUAUUGUGAGCAUUCAUUAUUUAAGAAUGUACAAUGUAUUGUGUAAUUUAUAGAAGUAAAAGCUAGAUGCAGAGACCUGUUUGGUCCAAUAGAUAUGGAUACAGGUUUUUUUACUUGAAAUUUCACUGUCUACUUUUAAGUGUGUUUAGCAUAAAUACUAUUUGUUAGAGUUUAGAUCUUUGCAGUCAUUAAGAAAGUUUAAGUGAUGUAGUUUUUGGCUAGGUUGCAGUGACCUCGGAAAAAUGGAAAGCAAAUGGCUUAAUUUAAACCAAGGAAAAUAUUGUGUAUUUAAUAUUUGAUAAAACUGAUUUUGUUUAAUAGGAAAUGUGUCUUUUUUAGUAGUAAAAUGUCACUUUUGCUCACUUAAUCAGGCACAUUUACAAAAUUAAUAAAUACUAAAGUAAAGUUUAAAAAUGGGCACUAGAGUAGCAAAUAUCUUACUUAGUUUACUCAGACUGCAUUAUAUCAUUAUAACAAAAAUAUGAAGCUAUUACUUGGACAGAGUAUUUGAAACAAGUGAACUGAUGUGUAAAAGCCUUGACUUAAACAUUGCUGUUUAAGAAUGUGUUAAAUAGAUUAAGGCAUAGUAAGUUAACCCCAAAUGUGAUAAGGAUGGUGACUAUUAAAAAGGCUAUAAUAAGUAAUAGAGUAAGAACCUUUUUAUAUCCAGAAAUUCUUUAUGUUCUGGAUGGAGUCCCAGAAAGUAGGUGGCUCUCCGUGCGGAAUGUCUCCCCACCCAGACCGUAACAAGUGUGGACAAUCACUACAUCCACAUUUGCAGGCAUAAUUCUUGGGACGUUUAGUUGACACCUAUAUUCCUUACUUAUUUUACAGUUUGGGGACCUUUCAUAUUUGUGUCUGCAGUUUUUUUCUUAAAAUUCAUUUUAGCUUGAAAGUAUGUUUUAAUUCCUUCUCCCUAUUUAAUUAGUGGGCUGUGUGCAUAUUUAUGGGGAUGUGCUUAAAUGUUAAUAAUGUACUUGCAUACUUCAGAGAAUUUCACAUUGGAAUCCAUAGUUUAAAAAAAAACCAGAUACCAUUUCUACCAAUUUACAUUUUUUCUGUUGGUUUAAGAGAAGACAUUUGACUGCUUCACCUACUUCCUCUACAUUCAUCUAAACCCAGAUACUGCUGAGAACAGCAUACUGAGUUGGAAUAUGUGGGGGGGUUUUGUUUUUAAUUCUGCUCUAGGUCAUAAUUAUGUACAAAAUAGUCAGUCAACCUUUGUUAUACUAAAAUUCAUCAGCCAAAUGUUGGAUGAAGUGUCUGGACUGUAGUCUCUGAUCCCUGUCACAUAUAUAGUUGCUUUUUCAUUUUGAUAUGUAGAAUAGCUUUACAGUAGAAACACCAGUAAACAACUUUUAUACUAUUGAAAGGCUCUUUCCCCUACCUAAGUGUUUUAAUGGUACCAUAGUGUUUAACCCACUGAAGAAACUUUUUAUGGACCUUGCAACUUCGUUGCUAGCGUGAGGUUGAUUAUUGUGGUGGUAUUGUUCACUGUGUAGAAAUAGUAAGAGUACGAUUUAAAUAGAUUGUUCAGUUUUUAAUAUUAGCCAUAGAACUGGUUAGUAUCUCAGUAGUUUCAUGAAACGUUUCCUGUAUUCUAAUCUAUUUUGAGAAAUUUUGUGGGUUUUUUUUAAUUGUGUCUUACAGUUCAAGUUUGUAGAUUUUAAUAAGUGACAAUUUUUAAAGAUGCAGUAAUCUUCCAGUUAUAUUUAUCCAUCUUUCGUGGCCCCACAAACUGCAUCUUUAAAUCCGUAAGUAAGUUUCCUUAAGUAUCAUACUUUCCUGGUCUUUCAAGCCUAGUGAUAGGGGGAAGCACAAGAAAAAUUUCAGUAGAAUACAGUUUUUAUUUUGUAAACACUAAUGUAUUAAAUUUGCUAUACAUUGAAGCAAAUAAUAUAUAUUUUUAUUUGAAUUGUAUAUAUGAAUUGGAUGUUAUAAGUAGUUGAUUUUUUUCGUUGUGUUGGAGGUAUUUUCACUGAACAAGGUCAAUUGGUUACCUCAGUAUUACAGCCAAUAUAGUCCAAGGGACCAUUUCUCCCCAAGUCUGUGUUGUACUUUAUUAUGUGAAGUCUGCGUUUCUGUGACUCUUGGAUCUGUUGGUGAGGUGGGACGAGUGCGCUUGCUUCCUGUGGCAAUAAAGAUUUUCUGUGCCUCACACAUUUAUGUGGAUAGAACUCUCUGCACAGCACUUUUCACAGUAGGUAAUAUUAGCCUCCUCUGCCUCCCCUCCGUGAUUCUUUGGGCUGGACUCGGGUGUCAGGGGCCAGGGCCAGGACUUCUUUCUUUGAGUCAAAACUAAAUAUUAUUGUCUGCUAACUUCAUUUCUAGAAAGUUACUUGGCAAACAGGUACUCAUUUGACUCUGGUCUGUCAGGGAUGGGAUUUGGUUUAUAUUGUUCCCACUUAAAGAGAAGUUUACAAAAACAUUGUAAAAACGUGUCCCCCAUAUCUAACUAACUAAUAAAGGAGCAUUGGGAUUUAACGUUUAUGAUACACUGAUAUUUAUAGUGUUAUUGUGAUUUGGUCUCCUGUUACAGCUAAUUAUAUGAUAUUGAGCUAACCUGUGGUAGAAAAUUAGAAAAAGAAAAUUAGUGACGUUUUAAUUGAUGGGUUUGAUGGGUUAAUAAAGAGUUUCAUUGUGUCCCAACACUGUGUUAGAUGGUAGGGUGAGGAAGGAGGCCACAGAGGAAACAAAGACAUGAUUCUUGCCCUUUGUGAAUCCAGUACCUAGCUGAUUUGGAACUAAUACCACUCAGAUAAAAAUAAAAAUUGUAGUGUGUUACAGACUUGUGAUGAAUUAGGGGCUGACAUUUAUGUGUAUUCUGUGUUUAGUAGGCACUUCACAGGAGGAAAAAAGCAUAUUUAGUGAUUGAGAUGCAGAAGAGAUCAGCCAGGACUAGAAUAGUUAACAGAAGUCAGUGAGAUUCAAUCGAAAGUCAUAGUGGUAAUGCAUUUCACUUUGGGGCCACUUAAAAAAAAUUAGGGUUUUUUUGUUGUUGUUAGCUGAAUGACAGAUCUGCUUGCCAGCAUAGUAAUUCUUUUGACUGGCCCACUGGACCUGUCAAAAGGCAGGGGGAAAAUUGUGUUUUUUCUUGUCCUUAAUUAGCAAAACCACUUGGGCAAAAGCUUUAGGAUGUGGUGAUUAUGAGGUUAGUAGCACCUGGUGUACCUUUACAAUUAUGGUUGGCAGUAUUUAAAAACUUAAAACCUAAAUAAGCAUGCAAGGAAUUUUCUCACCUACUUGGUUACUCAAAUGUUAAAAAGUAUUGACAUGAUACCUCUUUUGCUUGUAUGCUUGUAAAUUCUCUUAUUGCACUGAGACUUCAAAAGAAAAUUAACCAAGGUAUUGACCUAAUGAAAUUGAGGAGGUCUGUCUCUUCUAGGAAAUGAAUUCGGUUAAGUAAACAGCUAAAGUUAGAAUUGAGUAAAUGAUUUGUGUUUGUAACAGCUUAGAGCAUAUAACCAAAUAUGGUGGCUGCUGUUUAACUAAAAACCACCUUAUGGUCCAGCUGUGUGCAUGGGUGUUGUUUCAGGGAAUCCAGGCUUAUUUAUUCAUUGUUAUCCGUGGGUGUCCUCAUAAAUGAGGUUCUCAAAUGGGCUUCCAAAAUUAAUAAAAGAAUGAUCCAGUGUUCAGAAAUUUAUUUUUAUUGUAAAUGUGUUUAAUCUUAAAAACCUUACUGUUAACUAUUUCCUUACUGAUUCUGUAAGAUGAUUCUUGUUUUACACAGAAGUAACCUAAAGCUAAGUGCGAGGGCCAGAGUUGUUCUUACGUUUUGAGUAUGCACUGGUUAAAGCUUUAAAACCUUUUCUCUGACCUCCAUUUCUACCGACGUAUAAAAUUUUUUUAAUUACCUUGAAGGUCUUUUUAUUUUGUGUGUGUGCAGAAAAAGCUAGUCGGAAAUUUAUUUUUUAAGUUCCAAGUGACAGGUCUUUAUCAGUUGAGCAAAUUUUAACAAUCACUUUUAAGGGAACAAUGAGUAACGAGUGGUUCUAUUUGCAGAAUUGGUUAACUAAGCUUCUCUCUUUAUUCUUUCCUAUCCUCCCUGUCUUUUAAAGGCCACAAAACUUUUAAGUAUUAAAACAACAUCCUUUUGAA